UGCGGCCCGGCGCGCACGGCCGGCCGCGGAGGCGGGCACGGCCGGACCCGCGCCUCGGUGCCCCCACAGCCCCGAGCCCAGCAAGGCGAGGCGAUGCUGAUGCUGGACUGCAGUGCAGAGUCUGGUAGUUUCAGCAACCUGUUUGAGACAGGAAGCGGUGUGAAUGCACCUGCAGAUGCCUCUGGUCAGUCUCCAGCUCACUUGGCUGCUUGUGGUGGUGAAGCAUUUUUCCUACUUUGGCAACUGCAGACAGGAGCAAAUUUAAACCAACAGGAUUGCCUUGGAGAAGCCCCGAUACAUAAAGCAGCAAAAGUUGGGAGUUUGGAAUGUCUUGCUCUCCUUGUUGCUGGUGAUGCUAAAAUUGACUUAUGCAACAACAGUGCAGACCUUGCACUGGAUUAUGGCUUUCUGGAAUGUGCCAAGUUCCUGAGGACAAUUCAGCACACUCAGACAAUGAAACUGAAAGGACAGUCUGGAUACUCGCUAAGUGACAGACAUGGCUUGCAGAGAGAGGAUCCAACUGCACAGACACAGGAAAGUGAAACCAGCAGAUCCGUAAACAGGAAGAGGAGAAGAUCAGAUGGUGUGUAAUAGUGUUGGUUUAAUACAAUGCAGAAUAUUUUAAAAAAUGUUUUUAGCAUCUAAGUAAAACAAAUGUGUGUUAGAGCAGUUAGAUUUAGAAGUCUCCUAGUAAGGAUGAACUUGCAUAGGUACUUAAGGUGAGAGUCUUCUUCGAUAUGGACAGUACAUGUGGAAUAUCACUUAUGAGGCUACUUCGACACAGAAAAAAUGAAAAUCAUGGGUACUAUUACUGAUGAAGUAGCCACAGACUUGUUUCUAUGACAGAUCUUGUAUCCUAGUUGCCAGAAGAAACAGCUUGUAAUCCUAACAUGAAAUAAGGGGAAUCUGAAGAACCAUGACUGGAUGAUACACUGAGCAGUCAGAUGUGUGUGCUGGGACAUUGUCUCCUUCUGAGAAGGAGGAAAGCUUGUUUAUUGUUACUUCUUACAGAAGAAUUUUGUGAGGCUUUUUCCCCCCUGGAACUUGAAUUCGUUCAGCUAUAAAUAAAUGAGCAUAGGAAAAUUA